UCCUUCAGACGCGGCAGCAGAGGGAGGCAGAUCUGCUGGAGGACAUCAGACCUGUUGGAAGGCUGGUGGACACUGUCCUCAGGCCCCCAUCAAUCCUCACCACCAUGCCCACAGAUGGUUCUCCAGGGGUGGGGAAGAUCCUGCUGAGGCUCUGAGCAAUGAGAUCCUACAGCAAGCAGAGGGCAGCCAUUGAACGGGAGUAUGGACAGGCACUCCAGAAACUGGCUGGGCCAUUCCUGAAGAGGGAAGGGCAUCGGAGCGGAGAGAUGGAUAGCAGACCUUCUCUGGGGAGAGGCAGGAUGGUGUUUGGUGCCUGGCGCUGCCUGCUGGAUGCCACCGUGGCUGGGGGCCAAGCCCGGCUCCAGGCUUCUGACCGAUACCGUGACCUGGCAGGGGGCACAGGGCGAAGUGCCAAGGAGCAGGUACUUAGGAAGGGAGCAGAAAACCUCCAGAGGGCUCAGGCUGAAGUGCUGCAGUCUGUUCGGGAACUGAGCCGAAGUCGGAAGUUGUAUGGGCAAAGGGAACGUGUGUGGGCCUUGGCACAGGAGAAGGCGGCUGAUGUCCAGGCCAGGCUAAACAGAAAUGACCACGGGCUCUUCCACACGCGAACCAGCCUCCAGAAGCUCAGCACCAAGCUAUCUACCCAGUCGGCUCAGUACUCCCAGCAGCUGAGAGCAGCCCGCAAUGAGUACCUGCUCAACCUGGUGGCCACCAAUGCCCACCUUGACCACUACUACCAGGAGGAACUGCCAGCCUUGCUCAAGGCCCUGGUCAGUGAGCUGUUGGAACACUUGAGGGACCCCCUGACCUUACUGAGCCGCACUGAGCUGGAAGCUGCGGAGAUGGCCCUGGAGCACGCCCGCCGUGGUGGGCAGGCAACCUCCCAGGUAAGCUGGGAACAGGAUCUGAAGCUCUUUCUUCAGGAGCCUGGAGUAUUUUCCCCUACACCACCUCAGCAGUUCCAGCCAGCAGGGGCUGAUCAGGUGUGUGCCCUCGAGCUGGAGGGAGGCACAGGAGGCAUGGCUGGGGAGAGCGGCCUAGAGAAAGAGGUUCAGCGUUGGGCUAGCCGGGCUGCCCGAGACUACAAGAUCCAGAACCACGGGCGUCGGGUGCUACAGCGGCUGGAGCAGAGGAGACUGCAGGCUCCAGGGCGGGAGGCUCCAGGCAUUGAACAGAGGCUGCAGGAAGUGAGGGAGAGCAUCCAGCGAGCACAGGUGAGCCAGGUGAAAGGUGCUGCCCGGUUGGCCCUGCUGCAGGGGGCUGGCAUGGAUGUGCAGCACUGGCUGAAGCCAGCCAUGACACAGGCCCAGGAAGAGAUGGAGCAGGAGCGAAGGCUCAGUGAGGCCCGGCUGUCCCAGAGGGACCUCUCUCCCACAGCUGAAGAUGCUGAGCUCUCUGACUUUGAGGAAUGUGAGGAGACUGGGGAGCUCUUUGAGGAACCCACCCCUGCAACACUGGCCACUAGGCCCCUCCCGUGCCCUGCACAUGUGGUGUUUGGCUAUCAGGCAGGGCACGAGGACGAGCUGACCAUCACAGAGGGCGAGUGGCUGGAGGUCAUAGAGGAGGGAGAUGCUGACGAAUGGGUCAAGGCUCGGAACCAGCACGGCGAGGUAGGCUUUGUCCCUGAGCGAUACCUCAACUUCCCGGAUCUCUCCUUCCCUGAGAGCAGCCAUGACAGCGACAAUCCCUCAGGAGCAGAGCCUAUAGCUUUCCUGGCCCGAGCCCUGUACAGCUACACAGGGCAGAGUGCUGAAGAGCUGAGCUUCCCCGAGGGGGCACUCAUCCGCCUGUUGCCUCGCGCCCUGGAUGGAGUGGAUGAUGGCUUCUGGAGGGGAGAAUUUGGAGGCCAUGUUGGGGUUUUCCCUUCCCUGCUGGUGGAGGAGUUGCUUGGUCCCCCAGGGCCAUCUGAACUCUCAGACCCUGAACAGGUGCUGCCAUCCCCUUCUCCUCCCAGCUUCUCCCCUCCUGCACCCACUUCUGCUUUAGAUGGGCCUCCUGCACCUGUGCUUCCUGGGGACCAAGACCUUGACUGUCCUGGGUCCCUGAGCAUGAUGGCACCUCGACUCAGGCCGAUGCGUCCACCACCUCCCCCACCAGCUAAAGCCCCGGAUCCUGGCCUCCCAGACCCCCUCACCUGAAGCCAAGGGGAUCACUGCUCCCCAGUGAUGCUGCUGCCCCUAUCUUCAUGUCAGAGACCACCCCCUCAAUGAUCUGGAGCGACAGCCAAAAGCUGGAAUCUUCCAUUUCCACUCUCACCUCCAGGGAGAGAAACUACCCCUUACCCCACUUGGGGGGCUAGAAUCCACUUCUUUUUCCCCAUCAUCCUUAUGCUGCCUUCUAUAGGGCUGGAACUACCCUCUUCUGCCACCACUCCAUUUCUAGGGUGGUUAAAUAUGCUGAAAUCUCUGGGGCUGGUACCCAUCCCCAAAAGUCUCGUGUGGCUCCAGCCCAUCUGUGUA